AGUUCAAAAACUGUAAGCUCACCUGGAGUGCUCCUCUUCAUUUCACCCUGCUGUUAAACACACACACACACACACACACACACACACACACAGAGAGUACAGACGUGUAUACACACACUCAGUUGGCUCUUGAAGCCAUGUCAGAGGCACAAAGAAAACUCACUCAAAACCCUCUGGAGAAGACGUGGGUCCCAUGGAUGAAAAGCCGGCUGAGCCAACGCAGAGGCUCAUCAGUGCCCCAGUUCACCAACUCCCCGACGAUGAUCGUGAUGGUGGGACUACCGGCGAGAGGGAAGACGUACAUCUCUAAAAAGCUCACCAGAUACCUGAACUGGAUUGGUGUAACGACUAAAGUGUUCAAUGUUGGGCAGUACAGAAGAGACGCCACACGUUCCUACAACAGCUUUGAGUUCUUCAGACCGGACAACGAAGAGGCCAUGAAGAUACGCAAGGCCUGUGCUGUCGCCGCCCUGAAGGAUGUGUGUGACUACUUCAACAGAGAGCUGGGCCAGGUCGUGGUUUUUGAUGCCACCAACACCACCACGGAGCGCAGAGAGGUCAUCCUCAGCUUCGCCAAGGAAAACGGCUACAAGGUUUUCUUUGUGGAGUCAAUAUGUGAUGAUCCAGAAAUCAUCGCUGAGAAUAUUAAACAAGUGAAGCUGAGCAGCCCGGACUACGCAGACUGCGACAAAGAGGAGGCUGUGGCUGACUUCCUGAAGAGGAUCGAGUGCUACAAGCUGACCUACGUCCCACUGGAUGACAACAAGGACAGGACCUUGUCUUACAUCAAGAUCUUCAACGUGGGCAGCAGAUACCUGGUGAAUCAGGUCCAGGACCACAUUCAGAGCAGGAUAGUUUACUACCUCAUGAACAUCCAUGUCACCCCGAGAUCCAUCUACCUGUGUCGCCACGGGGAGAGCGAACUCAACCUCGUGGGUCGCAUCGGAGGAGACUCCGGACUGUCAUCUCGCGGGGCGAAGUUUGCCGGUGCUCUGGGUGUGUACAUGCGUGGACAGUCCAUCAGGGACCUGAAGGUGUGGACGAGCCACAUGAAGAGGACCAUCCAGACAGCAGAGGCUCUGGGAGUCCAGUACGAACAGUGGAAGGCCCUCAACGAGAUCGACGCUGGGGUUUGUGAGGAGAUGACGUACGAGGAGAUUCAGGAGAAUUACCCCGAGGAGUUCGCACUGAGGGACCAAAACAAGUAUCGCUACCGCUACCCUAAAGGAGAGUCGUACGAGGACCUCGUGCAGCGUCUGGAGCCGGUCAUCAUGGAGCUGGAGAGGCAGGAGAACGUUUUAGUCAUCUGUCACCAGGCUGUCAUGAGGUGUCUGCUGGCCUACUUCCUGGACAAGAGUGCUCAUGAGCUGCCCUACCUGAAGUGUCCUCUCCACACGGUUCUGAAACUCACCCCAGUCGCUUACGGUUGUAAAGUGGAGUCUGUCUUCCUCAACAUUGAAGCUGUCAACACACACAGAGAGAAACCAGUGAACGUGGACGUGGACAGAGACCCGGCACAGGCACUGGAGACGGUCCCAGAUCACAUCUAGAAGAGGAAUCACAACAUGGCGCUGGUUUCAUCCCCAAUGAAAAGUAAUUUAAAUUUAUGUAAUCAUGGUGUUCAUUGUUCUUGUGGUCGUUGUUGUGAAAUGGACAAACUCUAUGAGACAUUUUUCUAUGGCAUUUUCAUUGUAAAUGCACUUUAUAAGGCGGAGCUCAGGCCAAACGUCAGUGAUAUGAAGAAGAAGCUUCCUUUGCUGUGAAAAUUGAAGUGCUGAACACUGGCCAGAUGACCCGUCUCACUCUCUGGAUUUUAUUCAACAUAUUCACUCGCAUGUUGUUAUCUUUUGCAUUUCAUUCAAGCAGCCAGUUCUCCACUUGAACUGACAUGUUUGUUUGAGCUGUUUCGUUUCAUGUUAUCUUGUCUCCACAUUUACAUUUGAGAAGGCAGACGAUGAGUGAGCACAUUUCUGAGAUGUUGUGGUUUUAUUUCUAGUAGAGACACUGGCACAAAGAGGAACUUUUAAGUUCUGUCUUUUAACUGUUCUGAAUGAAACUAAGGAAAAGUUUGGCAUUUUGAAAAAUGUGCUUUCUUGCUGAGAGUUAGAUAACACAUCUGUGUGCAAGUUACUGUAUACAGCCAGGCGUUAGCUUAGCUGGAAAUGAGGGACAACAGCAAACCCAGAUCUGCCCAAAGUUAAUAAAAUAAAUCUUCCUGAAGUGUCUGCUGACUGCCUGCAAUCUCACUGUGACAGCAGCACUCCCAAAAACAUUGUUAUGAACUUUGUAGUUAAACAUGCCCUUUAAAACAAGAUAUAACACGUUAAUUAGUGAACUUGCGAUGCUGGUAGGUUAUCUUUGGACAGACCUGGACAAGCUGUCUCCCUGUUUCCAGUCCUCAUGCUAAGCUAACUGCCUGUAGCCCCAGAUUCAUAUUUACCCACUAAUGGUGCAGAGGCUCCUGAAACCUGCAUUUUUAGGGGGUGACUCCAUUGGUUUCAAAAAGAGGCCUGAUUGGAUGUAAGCCAAUGAGAAGAUUAGCCUAAUUCUCAGUUGAUUUAUGAGUAGACGGUUUCCUUCAACACAGCAUGAUGUUCAUUUUGUGGUGCAGUGGUUUGCACUGUCGCCUCAUAGCAAGAGGGUUCCAGGUUCGAAUCCCGGUCCGGACCCUUCUGUGUGGAAUUUGCUUGUUCUCCCUGUGCCUGCGUGGGUUUUCUCCGGGUUCUUCCUCCCACAGUCCCAAAAACAUGCACAUUAGGUUAACUGGCUGCUCUGCAUUGCCCCAAGGUGUGGGUGUAUGUGUGUGUCAGCCCUGCGAUUGACUGGCAACCAGUCCAGGAUGAAUCCCGCCUCUCAACCGUAGCCAGGUGGGAUAGGCUCCAGCUCCACCGCAACCCUGAUGGAAAAGCUUUAUCCAAAAUGGAUGGAUGCUCCCAUUUAGAGUCAAUAGACCAUAAAGCAAGGGAUCCAAUCAGGAGUUCCUCCCCAGUUUCACCCUCACAUCCAAAUAUGGUCAUUGUGCCAAAAUAGCCAAGAUGGCAACAGUUUGACAUGACAUUGAUAUUCUUAUCUAACUCUUAAUGAGAAAGCAGGAAGCUUUCUCAGACCUGUAAAGGCCUGUUAGUUUGAGUCGUCUUACCUCAUGUCUUUACAUUCGCAUCAGCAUCACCUGAGUAUCCAGAUGACUCUGGCGUUAGUUUUUUGUGUGGAUGUGGUUUGGUUAUGUAUCACAGUGGAAAUGGGGAGGAGUUGGAGGUUUAAAUGCUGAAUGGAACAGGGCCAUGCAGACCACACAACCCUUUGAGAGUAAAACUGGAGGGGACAUUCAGCACUCUUAACUGCCCAACGCCACGAUGUGCCUCACAUAAAGAACAUAUACAUGAUUACUCUAUGCACCCUUCACACACACGAGGUGGACGGCUCCGGUGGUACGUUCUCAGCUGACACGGCAUUGUUUUAACAUCGUUUUAAUAAGACACAAGAGGGAAUCUGGUGCAGUGUGUCCGUACUUUUUUGAAUAUGAAAAUAUGUCAAAGAUGACUGGCUGUUUGCUCUGUGGCAUAGCUGUGUUGUGAUCGUCUUUAGUUGGUUUUAAGCUGGUGUGUGCUUCUUCAGUUACGCAGCAACAGAAAAUAGUUUUCCUCAGGUAGCCUUAAACAUGUUGGUGCAAAUGAAUGCACAUACUUCUGUCCACACAAUGUGAAGAGUUUCUCAGUCAGAAAACAAGUGUCUAAUGCAUUGAGUUGUCCCUCGAAACCACGUUCAGUGGUAGCCAAUCCUGUGUUAAAUCUGUGAACUUGUGCAUCAAUUGGUCAGUUCAGCUUUGUCUUCCUGCUCGUCCCUUGUAAACGUGCAACAGUUCCUGUGUGUCCUGAGCUCCACCAUGUAGCAGCUGAUGUCAGAGAGGUCCUGAAACAGGACUGUGUGUCUUCUUAACAACAAUGAGUAUGAGACAUGAAAUUACACUGUCAAUCAAUGCAAUCACUGACGUUUAUUUAGAAAAGGUUUUAUUUUCUGAACUUUAACAAAUGUUACCUGAAAGCCCAGGCAAUAAAAUGACAAGGCAUAUCUGA